AUAAAUGCCAAAUACAUGUGACAUGUUUUUGGUAAAGGCGGGAAAAUUCUGUAUGAAAUGAAAAUGUGAUAAAGAUUACAAGAAGAAAAUACGUGUGAAUGAAAAAAAAAAUAAUGUUUUUUUGUUUGAUGUAGCCACCCCUUUCUCAAAAAUAAGAGAGAUCUUACAAAAUGUGAUAUAUACCCGACACCGAAUGCGGAGCCUUACAACACAAAAAUAAUGGAUUUUCUAGAGCAGCCUCACAUAAAGAAAACAUAUGAGAAAUGCAAGUAUAUUGUGAAGCUUUGGGAGCACAAGUUCAAGAAAAAUCACAACAGACAACCGUCCAAACUUGACAUCAAGGAAGCCAGCCUAGAAGUGCGAAAUGCAUACAGAAGGUAUUUCCAACUUAAAGUUACAGCUUUAGAGCAGAGUUUCAAAGAUGUUGAAGGGUUUGAAGAAGAUGAGACUGCUGACAAUGACAAAUCACUAUCUGACUGGUCAAUGUGCUCAGUUGACACACCAGAUAAACAUACUGUACAAACUACACAUACAGAAAUAAAUAUUGGACAUGCUGAAGAAGUUUCAGAAGAAGUAUGGGGGGCACAUCUGAAUAACAAAAAGAAGGAAGAGAAAAAGCAAUCACCAGAACCGAAACCAAGAACAAGCAUCAAUUUGACAAAAAAAUUGUUUUGUGGAACAAAAUUCACAAAGCGUAACCCUAGAAAAUCUUUAUCAUUUUCACAAAAAAAUAAAUGUGACACAAAGGCUGAUUCACAGACACACAUUUCCUUAUCGCAACCUGUACCAGUGAUAGAACCAUUGGGUUCUUUUGCCUCAGAAGAAGCAAUAUUUUCUAGUCAGAAUGGAUGUUCUUCCAAUAAAUCAAAGAUAUUUUCUCAGGACAGUUAUCAAAUUAAAUCUCACAGUGAUAGCAUAGCAACACAGUCAAUAAAUAUCAUCCAAAGUUUGUUAGACAAUAAUGAUUUGUCUAAGAAUUUGAAAGCUGUUGAUACUGGGUGGCUACAAAGGAUUGCUAGGAAUACUGGACUUGAGAGCUCAGGAUUCAAUUAUCCAGAUGGGAAUCAAAUUAGUGAGGCAAAGACAGAACCAACAAAAGUUGAUUAUGAUAGCGAAGAUAUUAUUGAAGAAUCAGAUGAAGAAAGUAAUAAUUAUGAAAUUAAAACUUUACAUGUAGCGAAAAAAAGACGACUUGAAAGUAUUUCUGGAGUAGAGAAAAUAGCAUCAAAUCACCAACCACAUGAUAAUGAAAAAAUUCAAAUCAGCUGUUUAGAAGAUGUCAGUAUUCCUGAAAGUAGUGUGAAUAUAAGUAAGAAUGUUGAAUCCUCCACAACUGAAAGGGUAGACACUACUGAUACAGAGGUUGAUCAUGUAGACUUUAGAAAUAUUGAAGCAGAAAUAAGGUCUGUGGCAGAAUUAAAAGAUGUAGUGGCACCAAUAUUAGAAAAUCAAAAUGAUCCUGUUAUAGAAAAUAAUGCUAUCAGGCAGUCGGAUGGCACUCGUUAUGUAGCCAACAUAGGAAAACGCAGAGGCAGGAGGCCUAAAAAUAAAAAUACUUCUGAAUUUGAUGACAUAGAGACAAACAUUGCGAAUCAACCUGACAUUCGCAAUAAAAAAACAACAAAAAGCGUAAAAAAGGGAUUAAAAGCAAAACCUAAAAAAACCGAUAACGACGAGAAAGAGGACAAAACUAUUUCACCAGUAAGAGUGUCCUCUCGAAGGUCAAAGGUCAAAGUUAGUAUGAGAGAAUUUUCUACAGAUGAAGAAGAUGCUUUUCACACAGAUACAGAUGACAAAGAUCCAGAAUUCAGUCUUGAACCACAUAAAAAUAGGUUGACAGAUAUUAGUUUUGAAGAGCAUGAUGACAUUGCAGAAGAUAAAGAGGUAAAGAAGAAAAAAAGAGGGCGUACUACAUUGGGCGAAUCAAAGACUAAGAAAAAAAGAUCUCCAAUGAGGAAAAGAAUAGAAAAGCAAAAUGUUGAUAGUAAGGAAGAUACAGAAAAUCAACCUUAUGAGUUAGAGUUUUCUGUGAAGCCAAGAAUUGUCGCACCUCGAUAUAGCAAUUUGAAGAAGGUCCUUGAUGAAAGAAAAAUAUCAGCCAAAGCAAAAACUGAGAAAGAUAAAACAACAGAUCAGUCUGAUAACACUGCUGGUACAUCACUUAUCAAGACCAAACAGCAACAAGCUAAAGAAAAGUUUGAGAAGAAGAUCGCGUCAGGCAAUCUGAAUGAAAAUUAUGUGAAGAUCGACAUAAAGAAGAAGGUAUUUGUACGAGGAAAGAAUGGAAAAAGCUUCAGUAAAUUCAAGAAAAGCCAAUGGAGGAAAAAUAAAGCCAAAUCUCUACUGGACAUGGGUGGUUGUGAUGGUGGUAUGUUAGCCUGUUUCAAUUGUGGCCAAUUGGGCCACUUUGCGAGGAAUUGCAAGAUGACCAAAGGGGAUGGUUUGUUGCCUCUUCAAGCUGUGGAAGGAGAGCAGGAGGAGUGUUGUCCAUUCCCGACAUUGGAAGAGGCUGCUAAGAUGGCCAAAGAGGGGCCUUUGGCAGUGAGACAACCAAAACUUCAGGUACCAAAUGGUGGAGAGGAAGAACAUAUUGACAUUGACAAUGAGAAUGAUGAUCAAGCUGAAGAUGAAGAUGACAUUUUUGCUGAUGAUGAGUUUGGCACAGACCAGUUAAUAGAAGAAACCUUGAAAUUGGAGCAGUAUAUGAAGAAACUGGAUGUUCAGAUGUACAUGGAUACUGUGAAAACUGUAGAACCUUAUUACAAAUUGAAAGAUGAUGGUAGCACCAUAGAUACUCCAUUGGAAGUCUACGAAGCUCUAGAAAAAUUCGGGCAUACUUCGUUCCGUCCUGGUCAAGAAAAAGCUAUAAUGCGAAUACUAUCCGGAAAAUCGACGUUGGUCACUUUGAGUACAGGGUCAGGAAAAAGUUUAUGCUACCAGCUGCCAGCAUAUCUGUACUCCAAAAGAGAACCAUGUAUUUCGUUGAUCAUUUCACCUUUGGUAUCGCUUAUGGAUGAUCAAAUAACAGGAAUUGCAAAGUUUUUGAAAGCAGGCUGUCUACAUUCUAACCAGACCAAGUCGCAAAGGGAGAAAAUUUUGGAAGCAAUAUCUUUGGGUGAAUUGAGUGUUUUGUUGGUGUCACCCGAGGCUGUAGUUGCUGGAGAAAAGAAAUCAGGCUUUGGUUCGUUCCUGCGUAAGCUCCCUCCAAUAGCUUUCGCCUGCAUCGACGAGGUCCACUGCGUCUCUCAGUGGUCCCACAACUUCCGGCCCAGUUACCUCAUGAUCUGUCAUGUUCUAAGAGAGAACCUCGGCGUUAAGACCAUACUUGGCUUGACAGCUACGGCGACGAGGGCCACAAGGGACAGCAUUAUCGAACACCUGCAGAUACCAGAUGGACAUGAUGGAGUUAUAGGCGAUGUCCCAUUGCCAGAAAAUCUGGUGUUGACUGUUUCCAGGGAUGGGAAUAGGGACCAGGCGUUGUUGGGCUUGUUGACCUCCGAGAGGUUCUCCGACUGCAAAAGCAUCAUAGUCUACUGCACCCGUCGUGAGGAGUGCGAGCGUGUCUCCUCCUUCCUUCGCACCGCUCUCCAAUCGGACCGCCCCCUGCCCACCGAUCCGUCCACUAAUAAGAAACGCAAACGCUUCAAUAUACAGGCGGAGCCGUACCACGCUGGCCUAUCCGCUAGCAGGAGGCGGAGCAUUCAGAACGCUUUCAUGUCUGGGGAAUUGAAGAUUGUUGUGGCCACUGUGGCGUUCGGAAUGGGUAUUAAUAAGGCUGAUAUUAGGGCGGUGAUACACUUUAAUAUGCCCAGUAGUUUCGAGAGUUAUGUGCAGGAGGUGGGCAGGGCGGGGAGAGAUGGUCUACCGGCGCAGUGUCAUGUUUUUUUAGAUCCUCUCGGUCGGGAUGAAAACGAACUUCGUCGGCACAUCCACGCAAACUCCAUUGACAGACAUGUCAUUCGUAAGCUGCUACAAAAAGUGUUCCUACCUUGUUCUUGCAAAGGACAGUGUCCCAAGCAUGAGGUUGCGUUUUCCAUUGAAAAAUCCGUCAGAGAACUUGACAUCCCAGAGGAAAAUAUAUCUACUUUGUUGUGCUAUUUAGAAUUACAUGAUCAGAAAUAUAUACAACUGCUGAGUCCAGCUUAUACACAUUGUAAGAUUAUUUCUUAUGGAGGGCCCUUGCAGAUAAGGAAGUUAGCUAAGGAUUGUCCACCAUUGGCAAUGGCUUUAGCCUUACAUAAAAGUAGUGCCCGUGAUGAUCCAAAUGUUUUAGAAUUCCCAGUUGUUGAUGUGGCUUCAGCAAUGGGCUGGGAGAGUGGUAUUUGCAAGCAUAAACUGAAAAAUUUGGAGUGGACAACAGUUAACAACCAGCCAAAACGUUCCCCAAUGAACGUUCAGCUCUCCGACUUGGGCUUCAGACUCUUGGCUCCCGGCAACCUAUUGAAUGACCAACUGGAUGAAGCCUUGGACACUCUGCAUAGACGCGUGGGUGGCCAAGAGCAAAAGGCCCUGAUGCAACUGAGGGCCAUCCACAAGACGCUCCGUGAGGUCGCUAAACCGACCUACAGAUCGUGUUUGGAGGAGGUAGAAGGUGAUAGGACGAUUAAGACUAAAGUAAGGGAGUACUUUGAUUCGGAGGAUCCAUUGAGCGUAUGUGGGGAGAUGGAGGCCAAGCCGUUUGAUGAAGAGGUUGUGGUGAAGGAUGUGCGUGCGCUGGUGAGCAUGUAUAGGGACAACUCCUUCACAGGUAGAUCCGUUGCAAGGAUAUUCCAUGGAAUUCAGAGUCCGAAUUAUCCAGCUGUUAUAUGGGGCAGGUGCAGAUUCUGGAGAAGUCAUAUUGACAAAGAUUUCCAUCAGAUCGUUAAAAUUGCGACAAGAGAAAUUAUCAAAUUGAGAUGACGUGAUUUUAUGAUUUUAACUGAUUUAUUGAUAUUUUAUUAUUUGAUUUUCAAUAUAUAUUAUUUUAUUAUAUGCAAUUCCCAUGAA